AUGCCUCACAAAAUAUCCAUCAAGACGGCUGAUUUUCGAAAAACGAUGGGUACACAUUUAUCACAGGAUUACAUCAAUCGAUUGAAAAUCUGGUCUCUAUAUCCGAAUCUUUUUCUCGCAUCAGAUGCGGACACCAACCGGCGCAAGAAUGUGGCUCGGGUGUAUAUGCAGAAAUUGUUCUCGAAUAACAGAUGGCGUUACUUGCGUGCCAGGCAGAAAAAGAUUAAAAGUGGGGCGAGAGACCCCGUCGACGUUUCGAGGAACACCCGCGGGCCAUCUACAGCGAAGCCUGCCGCGAAACCACAAGUGAAACAAGUGAACCCAAAGUUGUCCGUCCACGCCCCUCCAGUUACAGAGCGGAAAAGGGGGUUUAAACCCUCUUAUCUGCCAAUCCCAACCCGUGCCGCCGCCACGCCGCCUUUAGACGAAUCGACCGCUCCAGUGAGACACUUUUUGGAGACAUGCAUCCCUCCCAUGUCGCACUUUCUACCCAAAUUUAUCGCCUUUGGCUGUACCGACGAGCAUUUUUUGCAUGCUGUUCAUUUGUGCACCGAUGACGGGAUCGAUACGUUCUUGAAGACUGUAUCCUCCUUCGGAGAUAACGAGUUUACGGCUAUGGAUAUUUUUGUACUCAAGAACCACAUCAGGAGGCACUGA